UGGGGCCUCCCGGUCCUCACCGGUCCCGGUCGGGUUUGACCCAUCCGGGCCGCCUUAGCGCUCCGUUCCUGAGAGAGGCCGCGUGCGGGGCUUCCUCACCUGAGUGGCGGCGGUGGCUCCCCCCAAGUGGGGGGAGUGAAGAAGGGGGUCACCCCCGAGGCCUGCGGUCCCCCCGCCCCUCGCUUCCCGCUCCGGGACCAUGUUCACCAGUACCGGCUCCAGCGGGCUGUAUAAAGCACCUUUGUCCAAGGGCCUCUUAAUAGUACCGAGCACUCUCUCCCUUCUAUUGGCUCUGCUUUUUCAACAUUAUCAAAAGUUCUUCACCUAUAAUCUGCAAGCCGUGAAAGAAGAAUUUCAGAUUUGGAGGCUUGUCUGUGGGAGAGCAGUAUGCCUUGAUCUCAAAGACACAUUCUGCAGCAGCUUGCUAAUUUAUAACUUUAGGAUAUUUGAAAGGAGGUACGGCAGCAGAAAAUUUUCAUCUUUUCUGCUAGGUUCCUGGAUGCUGUCAGUAUUGUUUGAUCUUCUCCUUGUAGAAGCUGUUGAAUAUUCUUUUGGCGUCUCCAUCAACAGCUUGCCUUCAGGAUUCUUGGGUCCUAUAUUUGCUCUUUUUAUACCAUUUUAUUGUUCCAUUCCAAGAGUUCAAGUGACGCAAAUUCUAGGCCAGUUUUCCAUCACAAACAAGACACUGGUCUAUAUAUUGGGUUUGCAGCUUUUGACUUCAGGGUCUUAUAUCUGGAUUGUUGCUUUAAGUGGGCUGAUUUCUGGAAUGUGCUACAGCAGCCAUGUGUUAAAAGUGUACCGUGUCCUUUGUGUGCCCAGUGGCAUGGCGAGAAUAUUUGCCUGGACUCUUGAGCCAAUUUUCUCAUCUGCGGAGCCAUCCAAUGAAAUCAGAGUUGGAAUGGGAGCAACUGUCGACAUCCAGAGGCAACAGAGAAUAGAGCUUCUGGACCGGCAAAUCUUGAUGUCUCAGUUUGCACAGAUAAGGAGGCAAAGACAACAGCAGCAGGGUGGAAUGAUUAACUGGAACCGUCUCUUUCCUCCUUUACGUCGUCAACGUAAUGCAAACUAUCAGGAUAAUCGGCAGACAGAACAUGAGGUGCUGCCUCCAGCCGAAGUGUCUGAAGAACAGGUUGCACGGCUCAUGGAAAUGGGAUUUUCCCGGAUAGAUGCUUUGGAAGCUCUGAGGGCAUCAAAUAAUGACCUUAAUGUAGCUACCAACUUCCUACUGCAGCACUAAUGAGCACCUGCAACGGCAAACUUUAAGCAAUACUUGAAAUGUGCUGCCCAAAGGAGGACCACAGCUACUUGCUGGUAGACUCCUAAAGGUUUAAGUAACAAAGAAGAAGCUCUUGUUGUGCGUGAUAUAUCAGAAGAGUGAUGAUGGAUGGCCCUGAAAAAACAUGCCCCAAAAAGGGAUACUGACUGGUGGGGUACCCUUGAAAAGGACUGUCAAUAUGUUAUCACUUCAAUAUUUAUUUUGGAAAAUUGGGUGUUGUUUCAAAGCAUGAAGUCUAUAACUAUUCCUAGUAACUAGGAAAUGAGAGAAAGCAGGAAAGCUCGGAGAGGAAGCUCCUUUGCCAAACUUACAGGAUUCUUUCCUCUUGUACUACAAUUCUUUUUUCUAAUCCUAAAUAUUUUUCAAUACAGUAUUUCUUUCAUCUGCUUUGUCACAGCUUUAAGAAGUAUUCAGGACUCCUUGGUCAUGGGAUUUCAAUAAAGGAAGAGAGAUCUACUGUAUCAUUCUUUGUAAGGUUUUUUCAUGUUUAUGGAAAAGGUUCUCAUUCUUUAUUUUAAAAAAAGAAUAAUAAAGUAUCUUGAAUAUUGGUAGGUGA